GCUCCGUGUCUCUCCCUCGCCUCUUCUUCAUAAACUGGGAGAGCCCACAUUACAGUGACACUCUCUCUCUUUCUCUCUACCCUCACUAUCAGGCAAGCAUGCUCUCUCUCUCUCUCUCUAGCAUGCUUGAUGUCUCUCUCUGGAAUUCACUUUUUGUGUCUAUUAUGCCUUGCUGCUAUUGGUCCGGUUCUGAUUGUCUCUUCUUUUCCCCUGUACUUUUUUGAUUCUUUGAAAAUCCUUAGUGGGUUUUUCUCCAACGCUGACUCUUUCUGAGAGGGGGUUCUUGUAUUGUUUCUCCGUUUUGGAUGCCUCAGAAGUUGAGCUCAAGAUUUCGAAGGAAAUGAUACCCUCUGCUUGCAGUUUGUUGGGAUUUUCUUUCGGUUCACUUCUCUGAGAUCUGGUGGGGUAUGUCCAUUUUUUUUUUUAAAUAAAAAAGCUUUUUAAAGCUUGUUUUGCUUGGAAUGCAAGUGAAAUUAAAGAUAUUUCUGCCUUGUUGUUUGGUGAGAAUUGGUUAUCUUGUUUGUAUCUAUGUUAUUACUUAAUGGAAGUUGAUAGAGAUAAUGGGAGAUUCAUUUUUGGUCCAAGGAUUUCGGCUUAUGGGCUCAAGAUCAGGGUUUUGGAUCCUCCAAUGGUACUAUAAAUGGAGAUGGAGUCCAGAAAAGACUUCAGCCUGGGUACGAGUCCGAAAAUCAUUCUUCGAUCUCAUCGGCGUUUUUCAGAAGUUGAAAAUAGAAGUCCAAAAGCAAAACCCUCACUCAGAAGCCAUCUGCUUAGACUGGAUGAGGAAUUCAGGGGGAAUAGCUUGAGUUCCUCCUGCAGUUCCUGUAAAAGUAUUUCAUCUAAGUGUCUUGGGGUGGAAGGUGAUGAAGUGCUCAAGCGGGCCUCCAUAUAUCAAAGCUCAAAGAUGAAGGAAUCAGGAGCAGCUGAGGACAGGAGAAAAAUUGAAGUGUCGUGCAGUAAUGACUAUAUUUCCUCUGGAAUUAUUGACUCAUUGUGUAGUUCAGAUGAUGAAAGUGCAUCUCUGAAACAUAAGAGAUCAUCAGUUAGAUCAAGAAAAUCAUGCCCAAAGAAGUUUUCAGAUUUUUCCUUCCACCCUCCUACCUCCCGAGGUAAAGAUCCAGCCUCAAGUGUUUCAUCUGAUGGGCUCUUUGAAAUUGUUCUGAAUUUGGACAACAGAGACUCUGCUGAAGCCCUAGACAGAGAUUCCACUGAAAACCUAAAGUUUAGAAGUCAUCAGGUUGCUGGUCCUCUGAACAAUGGUAAUGAACUUCUUGAAAGAGACAGUGUUGUCGCUUUGCAUAAGUCAUCAUCUGCCAAGGUACGAAUUCCCUAUUCGCCUUCUCAGUCAGAAAGUGAUUGCUCCAGAGACAGCCCAAGGAACCAAUUUCAUCCUAUAAGAAAGGUGUUGGAUCCGUUCAUGAAGCCCAUGUCUCGUCGAAGUUCUCUAGGUUCUAAAGUGGUAGCUGAUGAGCUCACACCAUUUCACAGGCCAGGUGGCAGGAGGAAAAAGACAUCUCAGAAAUCUUUAUUGCGUGAUUUCGCAAAUUUAUCAUGGGAUAUGGAGUCUAAUUCUCCCCGUGUCAAGACAGAUUAUCAUUCAGUUGUGCCAUGUUCACCAGUUCAUCUACAGGGCUGUCUCAAGUUAGAAAAUAGGCAAGGGGUGCCAUUUUUUGAGUUCUCGCUGAAAUGUCCAGAGGAUGUCCUUGUGGCCAAGACAUGGAAAACUGAAAAUGCUUUUAAUUUGGUAUAUACCUUUCACUCCAUUCGGGGUAGAAAAAAGAAUAAUGUUGGUGGAUGGGGCUUAAGAGAUAGCAGUAGAGAGUCAUCUAUGGUGGGACAGAUGCAAGUUUCCUGUUCUUUAUGUUCAGAAAUAAAAGAUGAUGGGGCUUUGGACAACUCUCUGGUGACAGAGUUUGUGUUAUAUGAUAUUGCGCAUGCAAGAAAAAGUGUGGCUGCCAAAGAAACUUCAAACUGUUUCGCUGACACUGGUGCUACUCAUUCUGCUGGCUCUAAGGAAGGCUCGGAUAGGGGAAUUAUGGAGUUGGAUAAUUUGUCUGAUUUGCCAAAGCUCAAAGGUCAAGAUAAUCUUGCAUCUGACCAUGGGGAUAUUAGUUCUUCAACUUCCUGCCCUUGGGCUCCAGUAGACUUGCAUCCCUACUUCGAAGUUGCAGCCGUUGUUAUUCAAGUUCCCUUUGAGAAAGGAGAGAACAUGAAGAACGAGAGGGGGGAUAAAAUUAGUGAUAAAGUGCACCCAAGCAUGCUUGAUCUCCCUUUUGUUGAGCCCAGAAAGAAACAACUCCCCAACAGUAGAAACCCUGCAAAGGUGUUUGUGGUGACAUCAGCUGGGAACCAUGGUUUGCCGAGCACUGAAAGCCAAGGCCCUUCACCAGUACUGGAUCGAUGGAGGUCUGGUGGAGGCUGUGACUGUGGUGGUUGGGAUAUGGCCUGUCCCCUCACUGUUUUUGGCGACUCUAGUGUUGCAAAUUGUCCCCUCAUGGAGAAUCAGCAGCCCUUGCAACUCUUUGUUCAGGGGGCAAAAGAGAGCAUUCCAGCACUGACAAUAAAAUUGAUUGAAGAGGGGCAAUAUGCUGUUGAUUUUCAUGCACGGCUGUCCACAUUACAGGCAUUCUCCAUUUGUGUUGCUAUCUUACAUGGCGCAGAAGCCUCCAUUGCUGUUGGGCAGGAAAGGAACAGACAAUUGCAAAGCAAUUCACUCAAAAUGCUUAUUGAAGAGGAGGUGAAAUUCUUAAUUGAAGCUGUCGCAGAGGAGAAGAUGAGAAAAGUCAGCAAGAUAAAGCAAAAAAUACCACAAUCUUUCAUGGUCGACCCACCUUUUUCUCCUAUUGCUAGAGUCUAGACUGUAAAUGAUUUCACUGAAUAAGCAGAGAUUUGGUGAACUAAGUGGAGAUGCUGGUUCCAACGAUAUGCACUAGGGUAUCUUUGGGAGGGAACCAAAAUCCUUUUGUGGUAUAGGCUCAACCAGUCUGAUUGGCAAUGCUGAAGGUCUCCAGAUACAGUUGACAUCAAGGACGCCAAGUUUCCAGGCUAUUUAAAUGGAGAAUUGCUUCAAAUGGAGGUGUCACAUCCUCUUUGUUCUAUAGUUCAAUUGUCAUUUUGCCUUUAGAGUCUUACUCAAAAAGCAUUAUACUGUCCAUAUUGUUAGUUGGUAGUGAGGGAAAAACAAUCAUUUAAUUUUUCAGGGGAGAGUUCUUUCUCGUUACCCUUUUUUUGUAAUUUAGUGGCUUUGCAAGUAAAUCUUGGAAAUAGUUGCAGAAAGCUCCUAUUAAUGUAAUGUUUGGAGCCAAGAACAAAUCUGUAUCAAUAAAAUAAUGGAAUGGCUCCUUGUUCUCCUUUGGAACAAAUUUCCAUGGCACUGGCUGACUACAUUUGCCAUUGGACAUUGGAACCAUGAGCUCCUUUCUGAUUGCCCUCAA